AUGGCUGUUGUUCCCCAGGUAACCCCACACAACUCUGCAAUGAUGGUGGGGUUGAGUCAGACACCAGUGGCACGAGCAGCCCCUGUGGUAACUCCGACAAAGAUUACACCGCGGGUAGUGAUGACAGUGAUUCAUCUCACCCUCAGCCUCAGCAUCAGGUUGCAUGAGCUGUUAGUGAUCACUGAGAGAUUAAGUGGAAGCCUCACAGCGUACAAUCAGCAGCCCGUCACAGAGCGCUCUGUAAGCUCCACUCGUGCGGGCUCUAGACAAUGCACAUGCUCCAGUCUGGUGGUGCCUGGCAGCAGCGCCGGGCAGACAUUAGGCCCACGGCUAUUAUCCCCAGAGGACAUCUCCGCACUGGUGUCUGCCUUUGCUCAAAAGCUCCUGGAGCUCCGCAGAGAUUCUUGGACAGGUGCCAUGGAUAUAUCAUAA